GCCCCAGGGAGCUCUGCACCCCGAGACACCACAGCCCUGACAGCAGGGACAGCCUGGGCCCCCCAGCCCGGCCUGGCACCCCCAGCACCUCCGCUGCCGGACACCAUGGAGGAGGACAUGGCCCUUCAUCGCAGCUGCCUGUCGGCCCCAGGGAGCCCCAGCCGCAUCCCGGGCCCCUCACGGCGGCGGGACAGCACCCUCGGUGUCGCCGCCUCCACGAAGCGGAGCUGCCUCUCGGUCACCCUGCGCCGGGCUGGCGGGGGGCUCCCCUGGGAGCGGCUGCGGGGCCCGGCCCCUGUCACCCCAAUCCCGCCUCGGCCCCGGCCCGUGGCGGCCGAGGGGCCCCAGCGACACGGCAGCUCUGACGGGGCCGAGGCCACCCCGGUGCCGAAGAUGGGGGUGUCCUGCGCCCCACCACGCUCCGGACCAGUGGAGAGCAAAAACGAAGCAGCCAUGUCUGAGCUGGUCCCAGAGCCGCGACAAAAGCCAGUUGUACCAAUGAAACCCAUGGGCAUCAAUGCCAGCUUGCUGGGCUACAUCGGUAUUGACACCAUAAUUGAGCAGAUGCGCAAGAAAACCAUGAAGACAGGUUUUGACUUCAACAUCAUGGUUGUAGGUCAGAGCGGACUGGGAAAGUCAACAUUGGUAAACACCCUCUUCAAAUCCCAGGUGAGCCGCAAAUCUUCAGGCUGGAACCGGGAGGAGAAGAUCCCCAAGACAGUGGAGAUCAAAGCCAUUGGGCAUGUCAUUGAAGAAGGUGGUGUCAAAAUGAAGCUGACAGUGAUUGACACACCAGGAUUUGGGGACCAGAUCAACAAUGAGAACUGCUGGGAGCCUAUUGAGAAAUACAUCAAUGAGCAAUAUGAAAAGUUUUUGAAAGAGGAGGUGAAUAUUGCAAGGAAGAAACGAAUUCCAGACACGCGCGUGCACUGCUGCCUCUACUUCAUCUCCCCUACAGGCCACUCCUUGAGGCCUUUGGACCUGGAGUUCAUGAAACAUCUCAGCAAGGUAGUGAACAUCAUCCCAGUUAUUGCUAAGGCUGACACCAUGACCUUGGAGGAGAAGACCGAAUUCAAACAAAGAGUGCGCAAGGAACUAGAAGUAAAUGGGAUCGAAUUUUAUCCCCAGAAAGAAUUUGAUGAGGACUUGGAGGAUAAAACAGAGAACGACAAAAUCAGGCAGGAAAGCAUGCCCUUUGCAGUAGUGGGCAGUGACAAGGAGUACCAAGUGAAUGGCAAAAGAGUCCUGGGCAGGAAAACACCUUGGGGAAUCAUUGAAGUGGAAAACCUCAAUCACUGUGAAUUUGCCCUACUUCGAGAUUUUGUCAUCAGGACCCACCUUCAGGACCUAAAAGAAGUGACCCACAACAUCCACUAUGAGACCUACAGGGCCAAACGGCUGAACGACAAUGGAGGGCUGCCCCCCAUGACUGUUGAGACAGAGGAAAACCACGAAAGCAACCUGUGAAAGACCCUCCCCCUCCAUGGUCACCUGGUGACUCUGGAUAGACAACCCACCCCUGCUACCCUUGACUCAACCAUGGGCCUGUCUCUGAAGCAUGUGGCACAUCCUCCGUGGGAGUGAGAGGAUGCAAGUGUGAGUGCGUGCGGGCGUGCAUGUGCCUCCCUGUGUGCCGGAGAGGGACAAGGGCAUCUCCCCCAUCCUUCCCAGAGUGUCCCCAUUCUCGGUUUGUUUUUUGCACAGUGGACUGUCUGACAGCUUCCUUUCUCUCGUUUCUGUGUCUCAGCUGUGUAUCUUGCCUGGGGGAAAUAUUGUUGGGGGGGAAGGAUUUCUAGGGGCAUGGAUUUUGGAGGGGGGAGGUGUGGGGCAUGCUGUGGUCCUAUUUUUAUCACUUGGAGACAUGGCAAGGAGAGACUCUGGGA